AUGUCAUUGGGAGGGAAAGAAAAAGAACGGACUUCAGGCUGCCUCCAGCCCUCCACUCCACGUUUAUCUAGUCGAUCUUCUUCCCCGAUCGAAAGCACUGCUUCCGGCACCAACCAGCAUGCAAGCCAUGAAGAGGACGAUCGUUCUGUACCCCGGCCUCUUCGUCAGCCACUUCGUACCCAUGAUGCAGCACGCAACGCCCUCGUGGAGGCAGGCUACGCUGUUGCGGUGGCGCUCAUCGACCUCACCAUGGACCAGGACGUCGCCCUGGCAGCCGCCGUCGACCGCGUCGCCUCCGCCAAGCCGUCGGUCACCAUCCACAGGCUCCCUCGGAUCCAGAACCCUCCCGCGAUCAUGGACUGCGGCGGCGACGCACUCCUCUGGUACUUCAAGACCGUGAAACGCUACAACGACCGCCUCCGUGAGUUCCUCUCCUCCCUGCAACAGCAGCAACCUCCCCGAAGCGUCGUCCACGCGGUGAUCGUGGACGGGCCCUCCGCCGACGCGCUCGACGUCACCAAGGAGCUCGGGGUCCCGGCGUACACCUUCUACACCACCAACGCCUCCGCCGUCGCGGUGUUCCUCCAGCUUCCAUGGACCCACGCGGAAGGCCAGCAGCCAAGCUUCAAGGAGCUCGGAGACACCCGUCUCAGCAUCUCCGGCGUCCCACCCAUGCCAGUGUCGUACCUCAUGCCAUCGAUGCUCCACGACCCGGCCACCGGCGACGGUGACGCCGACGGCGAGACGAAAGAAAGGCACGAGUGCCUCGCGUGGCUCGACGAACAACCGGAGCGCAGCGUCGUGUUCCUCUGCUUCGGAAGCUUAGGCUCCGCCACCCACUCGGCGAAGCAGCUCAAGGAGAUCGCCGUCGGCCUGGAGAGGUCAGGGCACCGGUUCCUGUGGGUGGUGCAGGCGCCUCUCCCCACCGAGGGAAUCGACCCUGUGUAA